AUGCCCACUUUCUUUUGGCAACCAAGGUCCAAGCACAUUGAGCCUGCCGUGUGUCAUGAAGGCGAAAAAUCUCCUCCACAAACCUUCCUUACUCCCAUUGGCACGACGACAACACCCAUUGUCUUCCCUACCUAUGUUGUUACUACGCAAAAGUACCUCAACGAUCCCAUGCGUAUUACAAGCACCCCAGAUGUCCUAGGCCAUUUCCACGACCCCAUGAGUCUUCACUACAAAGGACGUCGAGCACCUUUUUCUUAUGAUUUUACCAACACUGGAGCUUAG